AUGCCCCUGUUCUGUGUGUGUCCAGCCCCUGUGCUUUGUGUGUCCAGCCCCUGUGCUUUGUGUGCCCAGCCCCUGUGCCGUGUGUGUGUCCAGCCCCUGAACUUUGUGUCCAGUCCCUGUACUGUUUGUAUCCAGCUCUGUGCUUUGUGUGUCCAGCCCUAUGUUUUGUGUGCCCAGCCUCUGUGCUUGGUGUCCGGCUCUGUGCUUCCAGAUCUGUACUUUGUGUGUCCAGCCCCAGUGUUGUGUGUGUCCAGUCUUUGUACUGUUUGUAUCCAGCUCUGUGCUUUGUGUGUCCAGCCCUAUGUUUUGUGUGCCCAGCCUCUGUGCUUGGUGUCCGGCUCUGUGCUUCCAGGUCUGUACUUUGUGUGUCCAGCCCCAGUGUUGUGUGUGUCCAGUCCCUGUACUGUUUGUAUCCAGCUCUGUGCUUUGUGUGUCCAGCCCUAUGUUUUGUGUGCCCAGCCUCUGUGCUUGGUGUCCGGCUCUGUGCUUCCAGAUCUGUACUUUGUGUGUCCAGCCCCUGUGUUGUGUGUGUCCAACCCCUGUGCUUUGUGUGUCCAGCCCCUGUGA